UGUUAUACACAUUUAUAACAUUUAAAAGAGAAUUUUAAGUUUUGGAACUUCACUUUGAAAGGUCACCGGAAGUGGGGCGGGAAAGCAGGCUAACUUAAAGAAGAUGUUCGUCUAGUGAAAAGACGACAAACGUCGCUUAACGCGUCUUCCUUCAGACAUAAGUAGCACCAAUUCUUCCACAAACGCGACUAAUAUAUGUAUUAUUACAAGCAUGUUCAACUUUCGAAUGAAAGAAUCUUUCGGUUUCCGCAUUAGUUAAUGACGUUAGUUCAGAUUAAUCGUGACAGAAAAGUUCAUUUGUGGGCACAUUUAGUUCAGUCAAAGGAGAUGAAGUUUACCUGCGGGUGUGCUGACGGCAGCUUGCAGGAGGAAAGAGCAGCUAGAUGCUCCAGAAUCUUCAGCUCUUUCCUUCUGUUUUUGAGGCGGAGCGCGAGGAGCUUAUGUGGUGCGUUCAUGUGCAGCACGGAAAAUAAGCACGCGCAACUUGAACCCUUGAACGUUUCAGAAUCUUUGAAACAGUUUAUCUCAGGUGACGGUCUGAACUGGCUCAUGGAAGUGAAGCUCGUGAAGUGACUUUCGUUAUCGUUCUCUGUCAAGGAACGAAGCAAACGUAAUUUUUGAAUAGGUGAUUUUAGUUUCACAUGUUUUAUCACUUCUUCUGCCAGUGUAUUUGCGAAGAAAUGUCAAAUCCUAAGAGCCACUUAUGUUUUUGCUGUUUCCAAUGCUGAUAAAUCUAGUACAGUACGAAAACAACUUGAAUUAUCUGCUGCUACUACUGUUGUACAAGCUAUACCACUGCAACUAUACGGCUGUUAUAAACUGUAAAACGUCAUAUGUUUUCCAGUGACGUCACUGAAGAUGACAGUCAAGUGUUUAUCCAAGCGUGAGAAUUUAUUUAUAUUGUUGGUGUCGGUUAAAUUGCUCACCACUAGAGGGAGCUUUAGAGUUUAGAAGGCACUAUCCAGCCACAGCCCUGCUCUGACCUCACAAUGACAUUAAUCUUUAACAUACAACAGGAGAAACAUUCGGAGAGUCAUGUGAGAAAUUGUACUUUACACAGCCAAAGUGCUGAUUUCACACAAACUCACCUGUGGCUUCAGCUGCGCAGAGCUUCAACCUGCCGACAGGUUCAGGAUGUGGACCUUGUUGUUGACAACCCUCCUUGCUGGCUCUGUGGCUCCACAACCAGUAGGUUCUGAACAUGGGGGUCCAACUGCCGUGGCCUUUAUAAGGGUCAGAGGUCAGCAGGAGCUGAGGUUAACCUGUGGAGGUGGAGAAGGUCUGGUGAAGUCCUGGCUUACCCCUUUUGGAGAGGUCAUCUCUCCUGGACAGCUUGGUGACCCGGUCUACAUGCGCCCUGAUGGGACUCUGACGCUCUCCAGGACCAGCAGCCUCCAUUCAGGCCGCUACCACUGUCUCCUGCAGCACCAACGAGGAUCCACCAUGUUCAUCUACGACCUCGAGGUUGACCCCGGAAACCAUCAGAACCAGAGCAAAGAAAUCUCUGGGAGGUCCAGAAGGCGGGUCCGGUCAGUGAUGCCGGAGAACCUGGAGAAAGGACACUUGGCUGCCUCUGUCGCAGCCUCACUCACGAUGACGUUUGUCGUGGGCUUCAGUUUCGGAGCUCUGAGUCGCACACCGUUCUCCAGGUGUUUUGAAGCCAUAACCAGAAGGUUCAAGUCACCGCAGCGAGCACGGCGGUCCAGCAGUCUAGACGAAGAUUCCGACGUGACCAUGGCGACCCUGCCGCCUACGUACGACAACCAGGCCUUUCAGGUGGAGUGUGAUGGCACUGUGAAGCAUGAGGAGCAGUUUGUUCCCCCAAAACCACAGAGGAGCUUCAGGAGCAAACCAGUGGAUCAGGAAGCCACUGUUGAGAUGGAGGGAUGUGACUUUGGGAGUCAGGAGGAAGGGUGGUGGCGGAAGAGUUGUGAGGAGGAGAGUAAAUGUUCAGACACAGAUGAGCAGGAGAAGGACUUGGUGGCUGGUGGUGAGGAGAUGUGGAGUGAUAAGAGUUCAGGAAGAGAGGUGAAACUGAAUGAAGAUGGAGGAAGAGUGAUUGCGGAGGAAAAGUCUCAACAGGAAGGAGAAGAUGACUGGAGGACGAGAGUGGAGAUUGGAAUAUGGAGUGAUGGGAUUCAGUUGGAGGAGAGAGGGAUGAGGGUGGGAGGUGAGGAGGACAUGUGGGGAGAUCAGAGAACAGGGGAAGAGGAGAAGUUGAGAAGAGAGGAGGAGCUGAAUGAAUACAAAAGGGGAGGGAGUGCAGAGGAAGGGAAGUCUCCGGAGGAGGUGGGAGAAGAUUGGAGGACGAGAGUGGAGUUUGGAAUUGGGAUGUGGAGUGAUGCGAUUCAGGUGGAGGAGACGGAGAUGAAGGUGGGAGGUGAGGAGGACGUGUGGGGAGAUCAGAGAACAGGGAUAGAGGAGAAGUUGAGAAGAGAGAAGGAGCUGAAUGAACAUAGAUGGGGAGGGAGUGCAGAGGAAGUGAAGUCUCCAGAGGAGGCGGGAGAGGACUGGAGGACGAGAGUGGAGUUUGGGAAUGGGAUGUGGAGUGAUGUGAUUCAGGUGGAGGAGACAGAGAUGAAGGUGGGAGGUGAGGAGGUCAUAUGGGGAGAUAAGAGAAGAGAGGUAGAGGGGAAGUUGUGUAGAGAGAAGGAGGGAAGAGGCAACAAGGUGGAGCUGGAUAGUAGGAGGGUUUGGGAAGACGAGAUAAGUGUUAAUAUGAGAAUAUGGAGUGAUGGAGAGAGAGUGGAGGAGCAAGAUGAUGUAGAGGAGGUGGAGACUAGUAAGGAGCAUAAGGAGGAGGUGAAGGAUCAAGAACUGCUGAGGGAUCAGGGAGGGGAAGUGACGGUUCAGAAGGCGAUGAAGAAUCGAGAGGAAGUGGUGAAUCAGGUGGAGAUGGUGUCUCUAAAGGUGGAGGAACACAGGGAGGACAUGAGGGUUCAAGAAGAAAUGAAGGAGGUCAAGGAUCAAGAGGACGUUAGUGAUAAAGAAGAGGAAGUGAAAGUUCAGGAGGACCUGGCGUAUCAGGUGAAGGAUGAGGAGGGUGAAGAGGUGCAAAGGAUAAAGAGUGAGGAAGAUGACAUCAGUGAGCUCUCGUCCUCCGACUCAGAGGAGGAGACAGGAGGUGAGAUACAGGAGGAGACCCAGGAGUCUCCACCUCCCGCUCCAUCUCCUCCGCGAGGUCGCAGGAGUCGCGUCAUCCGUCUGUAUCAGUACGACGAGGAGGGUCAGCUGUUCUCCCACCUGCCGACCUCUGACCCCACACCCAGACUCAAGCAGCGCUCCGCCUCUCUGACGCGCCUCAGUGCCAUCAUGGCCGCCGCCACUGCUGGACCUAUGGACGCUCCUCGGACAGGAAGCGGGACAGCAGCAGAGGAGAAGACGUUCUUUCACAUGGAGAUAUGAUGAUGUCAGCACUUCCUAUGGUUAUAUAUUUUGUACAAAUGUUUAUAAGAUUAUAAUAAA